CUCUCUUCGAUCUGCAAAUCUUAGAACAGUAAUUUAAAUUUAAAUUAGGAAAUUUAAAGCAUAGAAAAGAUAAGUACCAUGAAUGAUGUCACUAAGUUUUCAACAAGUGGAUAUAACGAGUGUUCCUCAAUAAGAAUUUGCGUAAGAUUUGAUAUACUUUGAUAUGCUUUUAAUAACAUGGAGCUGUUAAAAUGAUGGCACAAACAUGACGGGAUAUAAUCGGAUUUACGGAAAAUAGGUUCUGUCUGCAGAUUAAUAUCAAAAACAUGAACAUGUGUACGUGUGUAUAUGUGCAUCAGAUAGCAUGUGAAGGACACCUUGUAUAAACAACGACUUGUUCUGAUAAGGAUUUUAUGGAAUGUUUCUUCUACUUUUUAGAUUUUGCAGUGAAUGUCAGUUUACUCAAGCAAUAAAUCUGUGUAAAAUGGGAUCUCUGAAAUUAUCAAGUAAACUCACCCACACUCUUUCAAGUGAGGUCAUCCGCCUUAGAGCUACAGAGCUGUGUUCUUAUGGCUGCCUCUCCUCCUGGGGAGAAUCUCCCCACUGCCUAGAUUCGGGGGCUGGGACAGUGACCCGCUUCUCAUGGAGUGCGACCUCUGCUGGAUGAGCAGGAUACUGCACUGGUCUUAUUUGCCAGCCUCUCCUGGUUGAUAAAACGAUGUUCUGGAGUUGCUGCUUCCUGAUGAUACGGAAAUAAAUGGAACCAGCACAGAACCAGAGGGCACCUUGGUUCCACCUAGGUCAUGAGGCUACUCCUUCUCUUUAGGCUUAUAGCUCUUAGGAGCGACAGCAUUUGCUGCUUAGCAAUUCUGUUUCAUUUUGAGUAUUUUCCUCCUGUGGGGCAAUACUGUCUGAAUUCAUGCUCAUCCUUCCUUUUGCCCUGACAAGUAAGUGAUAUCUAGCUUCAGUACAGAACUGUUGGCUUGCUAUUAGUAAGUAGAAGGUGCUUCAACUUACUUCUGUGUUCCUGUUUUGUAGAGGAAAAGUUCAAUAUCAAUGGAUUCUUUUGCUUUUAUGAGUAGCUUGUUCUUUCUGCUUGGAGGGUUCUAAGAUUUUCACUUUAAUCUUAGAAUUCCAGAAUUCUGCCAAGAUGGGAAUUUUUUGUUUUCUCAUCAAUCCAGGCAUGACCUUUGGUAGCCUUAUCAGUCUGCAGCGUUGUUUCUUCAGAUCAAGAAAAUGUUCAUUCAUUAUCUAGUUCAUUAUUUUCUUGCCUCUGUUGUUUCCUUCUCCAAUUUUCAGAAUUCCUUUUACUCACAUGAUAGAUUUCCAGGAUAUACGUUUCACAUCUCCUCUCUUCCCAUCAUUGAUUCCAGCUGAUUGUAUUUCUGUGCUGUAUUUUGAGAAAUUUCUUUCACUUAGUCUUUGAGAUUACUAUCUUUGCCCUCAUCAUUGGUAAUCCUCCCCUUAAAUUCAUCUACUUUCAAUUGGUAAAUUGGAGAUGGAACUUAGAUGAGUGUGUGUGCCCUUGCCCAUGCACUUAUGGACACAUACAUGCUGAACUUCAGUUUCCUUAAAUAAUCCUAUUAUCAUUUUUUUUAAUUCAAGUUUCAUCCCUCUCCUCUUGCAGCUCAGUUUCUGCAGGUGUGUGUUUUUUGUUCCAGCUAGUUUUCUGUCUUGGUUAUUGGGACAUCUAGGUGACAGCAGACAUCUAGGUACUAGAAAAUAGAAUUAUAUCAAUCCCCAUGAGUGCGGUGACCCUAUCUCCCAGUUGUCUAUAAUAGUGCCAGAUUAUAUCUAUUGCCUUAGUGUAAUUAGGAACGGUACCCGUUUUCACUUUCAAAAAUGUCCCAAUUUAGGGAAUUCCCUGGCCAUCCAGUGGUUAGGACACUUUCACUGCCAGUAACUAAGAUCCUGCAAGUCGUGUGGCCAAAAGAAUAAAAUAAAAUAAGUCCACUGUUUUUCACAUAUUUGCUGUUAUUUUUUUUCCUAUUCAAAGGUGUUUUGCCCGGGAUUUGUAUUGGCUUCAUUUGGUCUUUGUUCAGGUGUUUCUAGUUCUACCUAUGAAGUGGUCUCUUUGUCAAAAGAGAUGAACUUAAAUCAAUCAGUAAGCUGGGAUGAAGUGAGAGAGUGGCAUGGACUUAUAUACACUACCAAAUGUAAAAUAGAUAGCUAGUGGGAAGCAGCCGCAUAGCACAGGGAGAUCAGCUCUGUGCUUUGUGUCCACCUAGAGGGGUAGGAUAGGGAAAGUGGGAGGGAGACGCAAGAGGGAGGAGAUAUGGGGAUAUAUGUAUACGUAUAGCUGAUUCACUUUGUAAUACAGCAGAAAUGAACACACCAUUGCAAAGCAAUUAUACUCCAAUAAAGAUGUUUAAAAAAUUAGGACAUUUCAUAUCAGGCCAUUUAAUAAAUAUUUUUCAAAAUGUGAACUGCAAAAAAAAGUCUAAUUAGGCCUUUAGAUUUAAAUUUUACUUGAUAGGAAACACAUAGGCUAGAAGAAGAAAUUAUUUAAUGACACAAAAAAUAAACAAUGGAGUGAAACUGAGCAGGACCCUCUGGGGUCCUCCUGGGCACAAAUGCCUUUCUGUCAUCCCCAUCCCCCCCUUUGUCAGUUUUUGAAAACUUUCAUAAUAAAAAGCUACAAAAUAUAUUCCCUGCCUAGGAGAAAAACCAUGGUUUCCUGGUUCACUUGGCUUAUUCACUCACCAGACACUAUUUAUAUCAGGAGCAGAAUAGAAAUAUAUACUGAAAUGUCUGAAGCCAAAUGAAUUAGAAAACAAUUCAGGAUUUUAUAUAUGCACACAUCACAAUAUUAAAUUCCCUGCAACGGAGCUGCUUUUGUUUGACAUAACAACCACUAUGUUUUUUUAAAAUGAAGUUCAAGAUAUUUCGCUUUUACAGCCUAAUCGAUGUGUGUAUAGCCUUUUUGCAAAUUCUUAGCAUAUUGGAAUGAACCGCUCAUUCCACAGAACCCUCUCAAGAGCCCUUAGGUGCCUUGCUGAAUAAAGGAAGCAAAGGAGUCAAAACACUUUAUUCCAACCUCUCCCUUCCCCCCAAGACAGACAGCGUGGAAACUGAAGACUGAAACUUCCUACCUAUCUACCUUCCCUCCCGCAAUUUACUGUGUACAUUAACAUAACUAGUCAGUUUUACUAGCAUGCCUUUACUAUUCCAGAAGAUUCCUGCCCAAAUUGCUUGAUUGUUCAUUAAAGGAGCUUCCACAAGCACCCAUCAACUCUUCUAUCUCUUUAAAGAACAUCAACAGUUUGCACCUGUAGGUUCCUCGCCUACAAAAAUCCUUGCUCUUCCCACCAAUCCUGGACUGCAGCAUCAUGACCGUCAUGCAAUCCCAUUCGUCUUUUGCACUGAAAGACGCCGCCUUAAACCACACUUCCAAUUCUCAGUGAAUUCCAGCCUUGUCUUCCUGGCUCCGCGGACACUGUCAAGGUGCGGAAGCUCUGUGGAGGUGGUGUCACCAGGUAGCAAUAAACUAUGUUUUUGUCUCAUUAACAGGUUUUAUUGCUGAUAUUUGGGGAGUCAGCAUUGGAAACAAGUUUGAAAUCCAGUGUUCCUUAAGUUCUGUGUUAGGCAGUUCCGCCUAGGUCACUUUUACGUUUCCCACUUUUUAGUCUACCCUUUGCCUCCGCUAAAAAUGUUGGGUUUUAACUUAUUUUCGUAAUACAAGCCUCUCUUUUCUCUCUUAUACGGCCGCAUUUUUAAAAAAUUCGCAAUUAUUGUUACCCAAAAAACUAUCUGCUUACGUUAUUUUCUCAUGAGCUUUAAGAAAUGAGUAAAACAAAAGGAAUCUGACAGUUCCACCAAAAGUGACUAAAUCCGAGCCCGCUCCACAGUCAAAACCCAAGACAGCUGGUGGGAAGAGCGGUUCUGCGAACUUCAUUCUGGGAAAUGUAGUCCAGGAGGUUCGUGAAAUCUGAGGCGCUUCCGCCUGGGGAUUCUGGGAAGUGUAGUCCGGGAACUGUGUGUAGCCCGAGGCACUUCCGCUCCGGGAAGGCGAGGUCGGGGCCGAGAUUACUCCUAGGGCGGUGAGUUAACCCAGCGUCCCUGUGAUCCCUCCGAGCCUUCUCGGACUCUGCAUGGGGCCACCCGGUCCUCGCUCUUGGGGCAGGGAAGCCGCGGCGAGCGGCGGAGGGCGGGAGGGGGCAGCGGCGGCGGUGUGCGUUCCCUCGGCGAACCUCCCGCGUCGGGGGCGGGCUCGCGUCCUACAUUGAGUUUGACGGUCUCCCGCGCUCUCUGCUCCCCCAGUCCUCCUACCGCUACUACGGGCCAGCUCUGUUUCUUGCGGUAAAUUAUUGAGCGGGUUGCUUAAUCUCUCUCUGCCUCAGUUUCCUCCGGUUAGUUCCUUCCCAAUGAUGUUCUUUUGAGGAUUAAGUGAGAUUAUAUUUUAAAAGCUUAAGAACAGUGCCUAGUGCACGGUAAAAUGUUGGAUGUUACCAUAAAUUCAGUGAUAAUACUUAAGCGCCCUGUUGUUGGGAAGCUCCUGCGAGCCUGGGAUGGGGUCGGAGCUCCAGCUGCAGACCCAUUGUGCCUUCCCUGAUCACUGAGGUGGGUUUGUUCUUGGAUUCCUGGAUUCUUUCUGGACGCUUGUUUAGGAAGGAGAGUUAUCUUCCGCUGGAUCCUGGGAAAAGUCCUCUGUGGUUUAUCCCAGACCGAGAAAUGAUCGUGGUCACGGCUUUGCACAGUGCCUGCGAUGUAGCCAGGCUUCAGUUAAAAAUGUUUAGUAUUGUGUAACAACCCCGUAUUGUUAAUUUAAAUGCAACACGAUUUCUUAGUUUUAGGUUUUUAUUAGUCAUUGUUUACCUUCAUGCAAUGCGAGAAGAAACUUCGUUCUUUCAGCUUAAUAACACGUGCAAGUAGUUACACCUAUUAAGGGGAAAAAAACCCGUGGCAAUUUAACGUUCAUUAACAACAGCACAAACCAUCUGUGAGACCACCAGUCAGAAUUAGGCUUUUUUUGGAGAGUAAGGGUAAGGAAAGGGACAUAAUCAUCUCUGAAGUCUGUGUUUCCUAAGAGUCAUCUUCUGUAAAGCAGAUUCGCAAAGGCAGUUUUAUGAAUCUUAAGAGCACCUACUUGUCUGAAGCUGCAGGAGGGAAUUCUGGCAUUAUUAUACCCAUUUACAGGUAGACUGGAUUGAGGCACAGAGAGAUUAAUAACUUGCUCAAGGUUUAUGCGACUAGUAAGUAGAAAGUGAUAAGUAGAAAUAACAGAAUUUGAACCCAGGCAUUUUGGCCCUGAUGUCAAAAGCUCAGCUUCUCUGUACACGGGUGUGGAAUUGAAUCUCGGAGACAGAGUUUUGGGUGAAGUAGAAAAGGAUAGCUUUAUUACUUUGCCAGGCAAAGGGGAACACGGUGGGCUCCUGCCUCGAAAAACUGUGUCGCCACUUGGAGAGGGUAGUGGGAAGUUUUAUAGUAGUUUUUCAAGAAGGGCGUGAUCAGCUCGUGGACAUUCUCCUGAUGAGUUGGCGGUGAGUUUUGCCUUCCCAGAACUCGGCCUUUCCCCAGCAGGAAGAGGAAAAAAAUGACCAAAUUCCAGGAGGCGGUGACCUUCAAGGACGUGGCCGUGACCUUCACGGAGGAAGAGCUGGGGCUGCUGGACUCCACCCAGAGGAAGCUGUACCGAGAGGUGAUGCUGGAGAACUUCCGGAACCUGCUCUCAGUGGGGCACCAGUCCUCCAAGCCAGAUAUGAUAUCCCAGUUGGAGAGAGAGGAAAAACUUUGGAUGACGGAGGUCCAGACCCAGAGAGGUGGGCAUUCAGGAGCCGGGAAUCACAAUGAGGUGGAGACUCUUCAUGAAACAGGAGUCAGACUCCUUUCAUUGGGAGAGCUUUCGUGCUGGUACAUCAAGAGACACGUUGUGAGCAAAUUAACCAGAAGUCAGGACUCCGUGAUAAGUGUUCACGGAAAGAAUUCUCAGUCCCCCAAACAGCAUAACUCCCCUGCAGGAGUGUCCAUUCAGGCUUCUGUGGAAGACAGCUGUUUAAUGACUCUUCUAGAGGAUCAUUCUAACGUUAUUGAAAAUCAAGAAUUUCCAACUGGGAGAGGUCAGAAUUCCUGGAAUAAACUCUAUCUGAAUGGGACUCAGAAUUAUCAGAGAAGUUGUAAGCUGACUCCAGUGAAAAACAAGUUCUGUAUAUUUGUUCCAUGUGCUAAUAUUUUCAGUUGUAUCUCUCCUCACCUCGAUGAUGACACGGUGUACAAAAGAGAGAAAGCUCACGGCAACAGAGAGUGUGGUAGAGAUCUCUUAAAGGCAUCACCUCUGGCCCCGUGCAGUAUCAUUCAAACUGGACCGAAAACCUACCAGUGUAACGAACGUGAGAAAGGAUUCAGUGACCACACCAGCCUUGAACUUCAUCAGCAGGUACACUUGGGCAGGAAGUCCCCUACAUACAGGAUACAUGAGAAGGGCAGUGGUUACAGCUCAGCUAGUCCCAUUCAACAGAGUGUCCUCCCAGGGAAGAAACGCUAUUGGUGUCACGAGUGCGGGAAGGGCUUCAGUCAGAGCUCAAACCUGCAGACUCACCAGAGAGUCCACACAGGGGAGAAGCCCUAUUCAUGCCACGAGUGCGGGAAGAGCUUUAAUCAGACCUCACACCUGUACGCCCACCUGCCCAUUCACACCGGAGAGAAGCCCUACAGAUGCGAGAGCUGCGGGAAGGGCUUCAGUCGUAGCACAGACCUCAACAUCCACUGCAGAGUCCACACGGGAGAGAAACCAUAUAAGUGUGAGGUGUGCGGGAAGGGCUUCACCCAGAGGUCCCACCUUCAGGCCCACGAAAGAAUCCACACUGGAGAGAAACCAUACAAGUGUGCAGAUUGUGGGAAACGCUUCAGCUGUAGCUCAAAUCUUCACACGCACCAGCGCGUCCACACUGAGGAGAAACCCUACAGAUGUGAGGAGUGCGGCAAGUGCUUCAGCCUGAGCUUCAACCUUCACAGUCACCAGCGCGUCCACACGGGAGAGAAACCCUACAAAUGUGAGGAGUGCGGGAAGGGUUUUAGUUCGGCCUCAAGCUUCCAGAGCCACCAGAGGGUUCACACGGGAGAGAAGCCGUUUCGAUGCAGUGUGUGUGGGAAGGGCUUCAGCCAGAGUUCCUAUUUCCAAGCCCAUCAGAGAGUCCACACUGGAGAAAAGCCCUACAAGUGUGAGGUGUGUGGGAAGCGCUUCAAUUGGAGCCUGAAUCUUCACAACCAUCAGAGGGUCCACACGGGAGAGAAACCCUAUAAGUGCGAGGAGUGCGGGAAGGGCUUCAGUCAGGCCUCGAACCUUCAAGCUCAUCAGAGUGUCCACACGGGGGAAAAGCCCUUCAAAUGUGAUGCGUGUCAGAAGCGAUUCAGUCAGGCCUCCCAUCUUCAAGCCCAUCAGAGAGUCCACACGGGAGAGAAGCCAUAUAAAUGUGAUACAUGUGGUAAGGCCUUCAGCCAGAGGUCGAAUCUCCAAGUCCAUCAGAUAAUUCACACUGGAGAGAAACCAUUCAAAUGCGAGGAGUGUGGGAAAGAGUUCAGCUGGAGCGCCGGGCUCAGUGCUCAUCAGAGGGUCCACACGGGAGAGAAACCCUAUACGUGUCAGCAGUGCGGUAAGGGCUUCAGCCAGGCCUCACAUUUCCACACCCAUCAGAGGGUCCACACCGGAGAGAGGCCUUACAUAUGUGAUAUAUGUUGCAAGGGCUUCAGCCAGAGGUCCCAUCUUGUUUACCAUCAGAGGGUCCACACUGGAGGGAACCUGUAGAAUUGGAAGGUGAGGCAUGGCCUCCAGCUAAUCCACGUCUUCAUCUCUAUUGGAAAGUCUGUGCUCGUAGUUGUGGGAAGUUCCUGCAGAACUUGGAAACAUCAAGGAAUCUUCAUGGGAAAGAAGUUCUGUAAAAUGCUGUGUUUUUAAAGAUCCAGUUGGGAGGUGAGCUCUUUAUACUAACAUCAGGUUUCACAGAGGACGGAAAACGUAUUCUGUAAAUAUGGCCAGUGGUUAUACCAGAGCUCUGAAUGCCCCGAUUCUCAAGAUGGGACACAAGGGAAGAAUCAUUGGCAUCUACCGUACAUGAAGGUUACGGGCAGGACUUCAACAAAAGCAUAAUGAUGGACAAACAAUAGAUGUCAGCUGCAGUGUACCCUCCACAUCGGGAGGGCUGUUUUUCACCAUUCUGUCUCUACUGUGUAGAACUGUGCUUGGUUCCUAAUAGGUGCCUGGCAAUUACUGAACCAAGGGGAGGAAAAUCCCUCUGAUUAGGACAAAUAUUUGAAAAUUCUGGUUGGCUUCCUAUCCUAAAUUCAUAACAUACUCAAGAAGAAUCCUGCAAGUCGCCUUAAUAAGAUUGUACUUCAAUUAAUAUUUCCUGAAAUCAGUCAUAUAAUAGCCAUCCACAAUAGUUAUGAAUGGCUGCCACCCUCCAUCCAGCUUCAGUUAUAUGUACAGAAUCACCCAUUGUGUGCAGUGUAAUAUUUAGCAUCAUUAGUUUGUAUUUUAUAGACUGAAAGACUUUUUUAAUCUAAUAACAUACUGCAACUUAUAUGAUUGGAAAUUUUGAACACUAAUUAAUUCCUUAGGGUUUUACUGUAACUCUGAAAGUGUUAAAAGUAGUUACUAGUAACAAAAAGUUUCUUAGUAAACUUGAAUUGUUAAUAAUCGG